AUGGCAGCCGACAAAGACUUCACCACCGACGAAGAAGUCGCAACCUCGGACUCGAUCACCUCACCACAAAAACACCAAGUAAAAUGGCACCGCUCAACCUACUACAACGCCCUAAUCCUCGGCCUGUGCAACUUCCUCGCGCCCGGGAUCUGGGGCGCCAUGAACAGUCUCGGCGGUGGUGGCGCCUCAAAGCCCUACCUCGUCAACACCGCCAACGCCCUCACCUUCUGCCUGAUGGUCCUAUCAUGCUUCUUCGGCAGCGUCGUCGUCAAGUUCAUCGGGAUCAAGUGGACACUCAUCGUCGGGACAAUGGGGUACGCGCCCUAUGCGGCCGGUAUAUACACACAGGUCCGAUAUGACAGCGACUGGCUUACACUCUUUGGGGCUGCGCUGUGCGGGAUCUCAGCGGGACUCUUCUGGAUGGCGGAGAGCGCAAUCGCACUGAGUUAUCCGGAGCCCCAGAACCAGGGCCGGUUCCUGGGCUUUUGGCUUUCUUUCCGCGUGCUCGGGCAGAUUGUCGGCGGGGCGAUCAAUAUCGGUGUUAAUGUCCACCGCGAUACGGCGGGGAGUGUGAGCUAUGUUGUGUACUACGUGUUCAUUGCGCUGCAGGCACUUGGGCCCUUCGCUGGUCUGCUAUUGACGAGUCCCACGAAGGUCCAGCGGACAGACGGGGUCCCUGUUAAGCUCCGCAUCGCAAACGACGUGUGGUUCGAGAUCAAGGCUAUGACGAAGCUCCUACUCAGCAAGCGCUUCGUCCUGAUCAUCCCGCUUAUCUGGCAGGCGACGUUUAGUGAGGCCGUCAUGUUCACGUAUAACUCGCUGUGGUUCUCCGUGCGGGCGCGCGCACUCGGUUCAUUCGUAUCCGGUAUCAUGGCAAUUAUAGCGGGGAAUUUGCUGGGUGCGUUCCUGGACAGCAAGGUGUCGUUUAAGCUGCGCAGCCGGGUGGGAUUCAUUGUUGUCCUGGGCCUCCAGGGGGCGUGGUGGCUUUGGGGGACGGUGGUAGUCACGGACUUCCAUAAGACGAAUCCCGUUUUCGAUUGGAGUGAUCGUGGCUUUGGGAGGGGGUUCCCGCUGUACUUGUUCUGGGUUGUUGGGUUCCAGCUGAACUAUAUGUUUUUGUACUUCGUCGUCGGCAACCUGGCAAAGGACGAAGAGGAGGUUGUCCGUAUUGCUAGUCUGCUGAGAGGGAUGGAGUCUGCAUCCCAGGCUGUUUCGUACGGCGUGAGCAGUAUCUCGAUCAUGGCGUCUGUUGGCAGUAUCUACCUCAACUUUGGGCUUUGGGCAGUUGCUCUAUUCCCUGCUUGGCUGGUAAUCAGAGAGAUCGGAGUCUCGCUGGGGGAUAAGAAGGUCGAGAGGGAGACGAGGACGGCGAGGGAGGUGAAUGGGGCUAUUGCGCCAUGA